GAGUGGAGAAGUUGAUGGUUGUGUGUGAUCAGGACGUCCUCUCUAACUUCAGCCCUCCUACUAAUUGGCGUUAUCUAGAGAAUGACCAGGACAGAGAAGAGACUGUUUCUCUGGAGAAGACAUUUUACAGAGCAGCCGUCAAGGAGUGGACCCAGGGAAAAAGUCUUGGGAAUAUUAAAACUGAGUCAUUCACCACCCACCACAAAAGAAGGCCGAAUACCGUGGACCCGUUUCCCAGAACAGUGCAUGAAACCAAUCAGACGAUUGCUCUACUGUCGACAAGUAUUGAGGAAGAAAAGCUCCAAUCCAGAAAGUUUGAAAAGUACCUAGAAAGUUUGGUAGAUGGAACAGACAUGGAUCAGAUAGACAUCGCAAAUAUCACAAAUCUGCCUCCACUGAGCAUGUCCGAACAAAGGGAGGAAGUGAGUGUGGUGUCCCAGAAUUCCUUGUGGGACUCUGUGUCUGACCCCGAGGUCAGUGUGUGGAGAUAUUGACGAUGCAGCCUGGACAAGACUCUCAAUCAGCCUUAGAUCUCAGAACAGUUUGUACAACUUGAGGAGGAUCUAAAGAGUCAGAGGAGAUUUAGUGAUGUGUUUGAAUUACAACUUCAGAGGUGGAUCCAGGAGGGUGUAUAACACUGCUCUCAAGACACAUUGAGAGAGAUUGAGGUCAUCUCACAUUCUUAAGGCUUUCAUUUACACUUCAUAUUUGUAAAACAGCAGUAUUUUCUUUAAGAAAUAAAUGGGUUCUGUAUAUAUUGUUUGAAUUUACAGAGCAGUUGUCAAUGUGUAAAUGAAGAUGUGUGGAUAAUCUCCAUUUUUAUAUCCCUGUAAUCUGAGAUUUGGGGACAUAUAGUUUAUGGUUGUCUGUUUGUCCACGAAAAUUUAACCUUAACCAUAACUUCUGAAUGGAUGUUGAUAGGGCUUUCAUAUUUCAUAUGUAUAUUGCUUGAGACAAGACCUUUAGUUUGGUAAUAAAAUUUUUGACCUACUGACUUCACCUGUGGAGU